AUGGAGACAAUUUUGGAUUUCAGCAAAGAGUUGGACGUCAAGCUGCUCGAUUCGGUGGUCCAAGCUUUUUAUAGUGGAUCUGGUGAGACACAGAAACAGGCGCAGGAGAUUCUCACCAAGUUCCAAAAUCAUCCAGAUGCUUGGACCCGUGCAGAUCAAAUUCUUCAAUUCUCUUCAGAUCCACAGGCAAAGUACAUUGCCUUGUCAAUUCUGGACAAUUUGAUCAAAACCAAAUGGAAAGCCUUGCCUGAAGAUCAACGACUUGGAAUUAGAAACUUUGUGGCCAGUAUGAUUAUUGUUAUGUGUGAAGAUGACGCCCAGUUUGUUUCGCAAAAGGCUUUGAUUCAGAAAAGUGAUUUGACCUUAGUCCAGAUUAUCAAGCAAGAUUGGCCUGCUAACUGGCCAAAUUUCAUCCCCGAACUGGUUCAAUCCAGUCGCGCAGGUUUCAACGUUUGCGAAAAUAACAUGGUGAUCUUGAAACUGUUGUCCGAGGAGAUUUUCGAUUUCUCUGCCGAACAGAUGACCCAGGCCAAGGCCAAGUCUUUGAAGACAAGAAUGUGCGACGAAUUCUCUGAGAUUUUCAAAUUGUGUUUCGAAGUGCUCGACAAAGCUUCCAAGCCUUCUCUUAUAAUUGCCACGCUCAAAUCGCUACUCAGAUACAUCCCAUGGAUUCCUCUUGGCUACAUUUUCGAAACAGAUCUUUUGAACCUGCUUUCUUCCAAGUUCCUUCCUGUUGAAGAUUUCAGAUCGAUCACUCUUAAAUGUCUUACUGAAGUCUCUCAGCUUAUUGCUCCUCAAUACGACGAGAAGUUUGUCACCAUGUUUGGACUCACCACAGAGAACCUGAUCAAGUUCAUCCCUAUCGAUAUCGACCUCAAAAAGACAUACAAGUAUGCGAACUCUUCAGACCAAGAAUUCUUGCAGGACUUGGCCAUGUACUUGGUCACCUUCCUUUCCAACCAUCUGGCACCUUUGGAACAGAAUACAAGUUUGAGAGAGCUCCUUCUGGCUGCUCAUCAGUACCUGGUCAACUUGUCCAGAAUUGAAGAAAGAGAACUGUUCAAGACCUGUCUUGACUACUGGACCAAACUUGUGUCUGGAUUGUACCAGGAAAUUCAAACUUUGCCUUUGCAAGACGCUUCACCAUUAAUGCAACUUCAAUAUAACACCAGAGGUGGGGCUCCAAAUCCCGAGAUUCUGCGCAAUUACAACCUCAGAAAGAACAUUUACAGUGAUAUUUUGUCGAAAUUAAGAGUUGUGAUGAUCGAAAACAUGGUCAGACCAGAAGAGGUGUUGGUUGUUGAAAAUGAUGAAGGAGAAAUUGUGAGAGAGUUUGUCAAGGAAAGUGACACCAUUCAGCUGUACAAGUCUAUGAGAGAGGUUUUGGUUUACCUUACUCACCUGGAUAUCAAUGACACAGAAGCAAUCAUGUCUGCCAAGCUUGCUAGCCAAAUCGAUGGUUCGGAAUGGUCUUGGCAUAAUAUCAACACUUUGUGUUGGGCAAUCGGUUCGAUCUCUGGUUCUAUGGACGAAGAGAGAGAGAAAAGAUUCUUGGUUACAGUUAUUAAAGAUUUGCUGUCGUUGACCGAAAUGAAACGGGGUAAGGAUAACAAGGCAGUUGUGGCAUCCAACAUCAUGUACAUUGUUGGACAAUACCCAAGAUUCCUGAAAGCUCACUGGAAGUUCUUGAAGACUGUUGUCAAUAAGUUGUUUGAAUUUAUGCAUGAAACCCACGAAGGAGUUCAAGAUAUGGCAUGUGACACUUUUAUCAAGAUCACUCAAAAGUGCAAGCGUCACUUUGUUGUUCAACAACAAGGUGAGACGGGACCUUUCAUUGAUGAAAUCAUCCGAAACAUCCAGGAGACUACCUCUGACCUUCAACCCCAACAAGUUCACACGUUUUACGAGGCUUGUGGAACCAUAAUAUCCGCACAAAACUCUACUCAAACCAGAAACAAGCUUUUGUCUGACCUGAUGAAUCUUCCGAACGUUGCAUGGAGAACCGUUGUUCAACAGGCUGGCGAAGAUCCUCAACUGUUGUCCAACUCUGACAUUGUCAAAAUUAUUGCCAACAUCAUCAAGACCAAUGUGGCUGUUUGCACGCCAUUGGGUCCUGGAUUCUACACGCAAUUGGGAUUAAUAUACGUUGACAUGUUGUCUCUAUACAACGCGGUGAGUGGUCUUAUUUCUGAGGCCGUUGCCAGUGAUGGUUUAAUUGCCACCAAGACACCAAAGGUCAGAGGCUGGAGAACCAUCAAGAAGGAGAUUCUUAUUCUGAUUGAAACAUAUAUUUCCAAGGCAGAUAACCAAGAGGAGAUUGUGCGUGACUUGGUCCCCAAUUUGCUCUCUGCUGUUUUGCAGGACUACAAAACAAACGUUCCUGAUGCUAGAGACGCUGAAGUUCUGAACUGUUUGUCGACCUUGGUUGACAAGGUUGGCGAGUUGAUACCUGACGAGAUUGUUCUUAUCCUUGCUAACGUUUUUGAGGUUACUUUGAACAUGAUCAAUAAGGAUUUCACCGAGUAUCCAGAACAUAGAGUUGAGUUUUACAAGUUGCUGAGAGAGAUCGAUCUGAAGGGAUUCAAUGCUCUUGUUCAAUUCCCACCAGAGGCGUUCCAAUCGUUUAUCGAUGCGAUUCUGUGGGCUUUCAAGCACAACAACAGAGAGGUCGAGAACACUGGUCUGACUCUUUGUGUUGAGUUGUUGAAAAACAUUGAAGACUUGGGAUCCAACUCGUUUGCUCUUGGAUUCUACAAGAACUUCUACUUCCCAAUCAUCAGCGACAUCUUUUACGUUCUUACCGACUCUGACCACAAAGCCGGUUUCAGACUCCAGUCUCAACUGCUGGCCAAGUUGAUUGAGCUGGUUUUGGAAAACAAGAUCACCGAGCCAAUUUACCAGAAAGAUUCAGCUCCGGAGGGAACGCCAAACUCUCUUUAUUUGAAGGAGUACAUUUCGAACAUGUUGAUUGGAGUCUUCCCUCAGUUGAACCAGGAACAAGUGAGCACAUUCAUGCAGGCUCUGUUCAGCUCUUACAACCAGCAAAACAAGUUCAGAGGUAUUCUGAGAGACUUUUUGGUGCAAAUCAAGGAGUUUGGUGGAGACCCAACCGAUUACUUGUUUGCGGACGAUAGAGAGCAGGAACUGGUUGAGAAGCACAAGCAGGCGUUUGAAAGAGCACGUUUGGUUGGCGGUUUGUUGAAGCCGUCGGAGAUGGAUGAAUAG